UUAUGUGUUUAUUGCACAGUAUACAGGUGCAUACGUGUUUAUUUACACUGUGUGGCAUAACUACACUUACCUCCAAAGUCUAGACACUCUUGUUUUUGUACAAUUAUACAGCAUAUCAUAAAUAGAAAAUUCGUUUUAUUUCCAUGUUAUAUAUGAGGUAGCAAACAUUGAUAGAAAGUAAAGGUAUGCAACAAUACAAAAGAAAAUUGUAUCUAUGUUUUAAUAUUAAGAGAGAUUUACUAUAAAGUUAAGACUAUCGUAUUAAAGCAAGAUGCAUAUGAUAUUUCUUAAUUAAAGAAGAGUCUGAUGAUAUGUUUAUACUGAAGAUGGCGUCUGUGCAGAUCUUUUGUUUUUUAAAUUCUAAUAUGCUUGUCUCUACGCUUACGCUAGAAUGACGUCACGUUAACGUGCGGUGACUACGACCAAGAAAGAGCGCGACUUUAUUAUAUAUAAUGUUUUAGAUCAAGAGCAUAUUAGAAUCAAAAUAAUUUAUAGCAAAAGAGUGUUUUAACACUUUUUAUACACUCGAGCGGUAAUACGUCGUACAAGUAAUUUCACUCGGGCUGCGCCGUCGUGGAAUUAUUACGCCCGACGGUAUAACCGCCCACCGUGCAUAAAUAGUGUUAAAACAAUCUUUUGCUAUAAAUUAUUUCUUAAUUAAUUUUCGAUAGGCCUGUAUUAUAACAUACUUACGUUUACUGACUUCCCAAAGUCAACACUAUACCUAAUUACGUUUAUUUUUAAGAGUCUUCCAUAUACAAACAUAUGGACCAUGACAUAUUUUGGUGUUUUUCUUUUUUAGUUUUAUUUAAAAUUUACGUCGCUGACGUUUCUUUUUGAAGAUGCCUCAGGCAGUACCGUUUGAAAAUUCCUAUAGCAUUAUUCAUUAUAUUUUUCUAUUAUAUUAAAUUAAUAUUUAUAUUCAUAUAUACAUUCCAAUAUGUAUCACCAUCGGAUAAGACUAAUUGUACAUUUUAAAAAUACAUCAAUUACUAUACGGAGUACGAGUGUGUCCUUUUUUUUUAAAAAAAAACAAACAAACAAAUUAUAGCAAAUUAAGAGCAGAUUUUCUGCGUGAAAGCCAACAUGAUGCCCUACUCCUAAGGAAUGGCAACCAUAAAAUGCAAGCUAUUCCAGCAAUAUAUUGUAGUUACUCGCCCUUGUAAGCAAACUUUUGGGCGGUACAGUAAAAUAGUUUCGUUAAGAAUGUAAACAUUUAAAGAUAAGAAGUUAAAACUCAAUUGAAAAUAUCUGCUACAUUGUAUACACGUCCGUGUCUGCUUCUAAUGACCUACUUACACAAGCAGACUUUGGACUACAUAUACUUAUUAAAGGCUGACAAUAUACAUGUAUGUGCAUUGUACUUUCGCUACGUGCUAAACACAUAUUUUUUAAAUAAUGUACAAAUGAAUGAGGGUCGUUUACAAUAUUUUCGUUACAGAACUUAAGAUAUCUUGUUACGAUUAAAUCUUUUCCUGUAUCUUGAUACAUUUAUAUGCACAAAAUGCUUAAACCUAUAUUUAUAACAAACGUUUUUCACUCACAAAAUACAUUCAGUCCAUUUAGUACACUUAUACUACAUGUACUACAUGAUUUGCAUUUCUUAAAAAAAACUAAUGGCAUUUUAAAAUAUAUUUCGCCGUGGCCACACCUUUAAAUGUAACAUUUACAUUAAAAUUCAUGAAUGAAGUGAAAACUGCAGGUUUCAAGGUUUAUUUGUCAAAUUUCUAUAAGCUAAAUGGCCACGAGUGUAUUACACAUGUGCACUCAUACAUGGACGUAGCCAGACCCGAAGAAAACGCCGAGGCAAAUCUUUUAUAGUUGGUCAAGGGCAUUUCUUUAGUUUUGAAUUUUUUAAAGAAAAAAGUAGCGAGGUGGUCUCUGUUAGCAGGUUGUCUGUGGCACAGGUAUGGCUGUAAUUGCAUCAUGUUAACGAAACAAAACAUGAGAAACGAAGCUGAAGGCAGUAUUUGUGCGCGCCUAACUACUCGCUAAAGUGUGAUAUUCAAUCAAACAAAUCCAAUCCUUUUAUUUAAGCGAAUGUGCACGAUUCAACAAAUAUCGGGUGCCAAAAUUCAGGAAAACUUACUAUUUUGCUGUAUUUUUGCUUGACAUGUUUUUUUUUCUGAGGACAGAAUACGUAAUUUUCGACUGUUGUGUUGUCAGUGCUCUCAUCACUUUUUGAACACCCCUCUCCUUCAAGAUUCUUUAAUAGAUAACGUUUAAUUUGUCACAUUGUCGGCUGGUAAAUAAAUGAAUGCAUUAAAACAACGCAACAUUGCUUAAGAAAAUGAUCAUGUCCUGUCGGACAUAUAUCAUCAUCAUAAAAUGUAUGUACAAUUUUCUGUUGCGCCUGCGGCGUAUGUGUGACCGCUGUCUGUCUAAAGUUUUAAUAUAUGUAAAAAAUAUAUUAUUUUGUAGUCGGUUUAGAGUUUAAGAAAGGACAAUAACCCUUUUUUCUUAAUUUGACUUUUAAUGAUAAUGAACUCAUUGUUUGUUUUUCUUUCUUUAUUGCUCACAUGUACUACGCCAUAACUUCGCAUCGUCCCAUGCGUGGUUCUGGAACAAACUUGAGAAUGCGAAGAAUUGGAACCACUGACACGCACUGGCAAAACGUAAAAGGAAUGAUUGCCUCCGGACACACGAACAUACAGAAGAUGCUUCGGGUCUUGUUGGUCGCAUUUUUAGCACCCAUUGUCAUGGCAACAAGCGAUGCUAGCCGAAAAAAGACGUUCAAUGUCAUCAGGCUGGACUCGACAGUUACUACGCAUCAGUAUCCAUGGCAACAAGCAUCGGAAUGUAUCUAUGACCAACGUUUAAAUGUCCUAACUUGCAUGGGGAACUAUCCGUACGAAAAUGUGACGACAGUGUGGAAACAAACACCGGAAAAUAUCUUAUACGUUAGUGUUAACUGCCUUACACGUGGACAGCGUCGCGGUAACACGUGCAUGUGUAAAAAAUCAGCGUCUAGUUCCCAGAAGCCCUCGGAACCGGAACUCUAUUCUCUAUGCCAGUUGACAAAUCUUGAUGAAGGGAUUCUUAGGCGUCUAGUGAAUUUAGAAGUGCUGGAUUUAUCAUUUAAUCUAAUCGAAACUGUAUCAAAACGUUCAUUUACCGCUUUAAAGAAACUAAAAUACUUAUCACUCAGUAAAAAUAACAUCAAGGAAAUACCGUCAGGAUUUCUUUGUCAAGUCAUUAAUCUAGAAUAUUUAGGGUUGAGUGAGCUGGCUCUGAAGUCUUACCCUGACAAAAUCUUUAGAUGUAAGAAUAACUUUACUAGUCUGAAGGUUAUGGACAUUAGAGGUGGAAAGUUUACUGAAAUACCAGACGACGCACUAGAUCAACUUCCGUCUCUGCAGUCCUUGGAUUUAAGUUUUACUCCAAUAACGCAGAUUAAGAAAAAGGCAUUUUCUGGUGGUAAACUGCUGGAAUUUUUAGAUUUCUCAAACUGUAAUAUUUCCAGUAUAUUUCCAUAUUUCUGUGAUUUCUUACCGCAUAUAUCGCGCUUGUAUCUCCAUGACAACAACUUUACGACUUUUGAUUUUACGACAUUAGAAAAGUGUUUGUCUUUGACUCACGUUGACCUUUCUUCAAAUACCAUAAGAACGCUAAAUGGAAACAUAUCUCACUUGAGCGCCGUCACCGCUAUCAAUCUGGGGUUUAAUGAUAUAAUUUCUUUGAACAAAACUUUUAAAGGGCUUGAAAAUCUAACAGCUUUGAUCUUAUCUCACAAUAACAUGGAAAAACUGCAAAAUGACAGUCUUGCAGGACUAAAAAAUUUAGUGAUUUUAGAUCUUUCGGGAAAUAACAUCAGUGACAGUACAAACUUCGAAACCGUCUUUAAUGACCUUGAAAGUCUGCGUUUACUUGACCUUAGUUUUAACAAUAUUGAAAUUAUUCCAGAUAAAGGCCUUAAACGUUUACAAAAGUUAAAACAUUUAUUAUUCAACCACAAUUCUAUUGUUGAGUUACGGAAAUCGUCGUUUCAUGGAUUGGAUUCUCUGAAUUUGCUCAGUUUGGAUAAUAAUCGUUUGCAGGAAUUGCCAGACGACAUUUUUCUUCCGUUCGUCCCUCGUGGUGACAAGAACGGAACAGCUUUUAGUCAUUUAACGCUGUCAUACAACAAUUUUUCUGAUAUCUCAAAUGUUAAGAAAUGGCCAUUGACAGAGUAUUUAGACAUAUCGAACAACGACUUGGCUUCUGUGCCAUCAGCUAUAGACUAUUCAAACAUGAAGACGUUAAAUGUAUCACAUAACAAACUUGUGUCUUUUUUUGGAAAGCAGGAAAAUCUGGCAGCCGACUUUGAAAACAUGAAAGAAGUUGAUAUUUCAUUCAAUGCUAUCGCUGAUAUUGACACUGCAAGACUGCAAACAAUGACAAACGUGGAAUACAUAAAUGCUGAAAGUAAUAAAUUGAACUUUGAUCUAACCGAUAACACUUUCAAAGGCAUGAAAAAUCUUAUUCGUCUAAAUUUAGCAAACAACAAUAUUCAGACAAUAGAUAACCCAUUUACGGUCGGGUCAUUUCAAAACCUUACCUUACUUAAUAUAUCAAGCAACCCGAUCCAUAAAUUAGGAACUCUGUCUCAGGGUUACUAUGGAUCAAGGUUAGAGACUGUUGAGAUGACACUGUGUAGCCUUACUACAAUCGGCACAAAUACAUUUCGAGGGUUGCUCAGUCUAAAAUAUGUUGAUCUUCGGAAAAAUUUGAUUAAAACUUUCCCGCCAUUUUUGGCGAACGUUUCAACAAAAUAUAAUUUGAUCAACAAUCCUGUCGUCUGCGCGUGUAACAUGUCUUGGUUAAAAGAAAGGUAUGUAAAUUUUACUAAAGAGGAUAAAAAGAUUUUAGUGUCUAAUUACAAGGUUCCUAAAUGUCAAGUGUAUACAGAAGAAACCGUUUACUAUCCUCAUUAUUUAUCACGUCGACAAUUUAUGUGCCCGGAAGUUAAAGAUUGUGACUCAGAGUGCGCAUGCUUCAAAACAGAACAAAAUGGCAGCAUUACAACCAUUGAAUGCCAAAACGGUUUACAAACAGUUCCAAAACUUUCUUCCGCAGCGUUGUCAAUUUUUCUGGAUGGAAACAGUUUUAAUGAAACCUCAUCACUUUCGGAAUUUCUGCUUUUUACAAAUAUGUCUGCCAAAGAACUAUAUUUGAAUAAAAGCUAUAUAUCCUAUUUAGAGACUAAAUACUUUUCUGCAUUUGAUCGUCUUGAAAUUUUGAAUCUUGCCUUCAAUUUACUGACGCUUUUGCCUAGUGGUGUAUUUAAAUCUCAGACAAUGUUGAAACACCUGUACUUGAAUGACAACUCGUUACAAACAAUUCAAGUUAAUGUCUUUGACCAUUUGUACAGUCUCCAGGAACUGGACAUCAGUGGAAACAAGUUAGUAUUUCUAUCAUCAACAACUGCUACAGAGUUAUCUGACUUGGAUUAUAUGAAAUAUUUUUUUCUUGCCCGUAAUAAAUGGGCUUGUGAUUGCUCGAACUUAGGGUUUAAAGACCUUGUUGACGAAGUGCUGCCCAAAAUUCGUGAUAGGAAACUGCUUGUUUGCGGAAAAGAUAACAGCAAAGAGAUACGUUACCUUCCCAGAUCUGAGUUCCUGUGUUCAGGGGAAGACAACACAAAUAGUUCCAAGAAAACAUUAAUUGUAGUCAUUAUUGUCGUUACCUGUGUAUUGCUGCUUUUGCUGGCAUUGUUUAUUUACUUUAGACGAGAACUUCUAUCCAUGUUGUAUUAUACAACCGGAUGCCACAUCCCAGGUAAAACCCGGUAUGCUGGUGUUCAUUUUGACGCUUACCUGACUUUCGACCCUAGCGACCAACACUGCGCUUCUUACGUUCAUAAUACAUUGAUGCCAAAGUUAAAAAACAACUCGUACAACAUUCAAACGUCUUCUGAUGUUAUUGAGGACUUAGAGGUCACUAGAAAGGUCAUCGAGGAUAGUCGCUGCUCGAUCUUUAUCGUAGAUAAAAACUUUGCAACAAACUCAUUUCUUGUGAACGCUUUUCUGCUUGCGACUGCGAGACAAAGAGUCGAGAAACGACACAAAGUUAUUUUGGUGAUACAUGGUGAUAUUGACCUAUUAACUUUAGAACCAGAACUUGUAUCACGCAUGCGCAAAGGCGAUUAUAUUACAGCUAGGUCGAGGCUUUGGUGGCAGAGGCUUGUUUAUGAGCUUCCGGAACCAAGCUGCGGUUUCCGACAUGGUUUAGACAGCGAAGAGGAGGAUGUAGUUGUCUUCAGCUCACUUGCAGAGGACCAGAGCAAGUAUGUACAAUUCUAAGUGCUGGAGGCGCAUAUAUCUCCUGUGAUUGACUGGAGACAUUUUCAAGAAUCACGCUUAAGGUGUCUAUAUCAUUGUCAGUCAUUGUGUUUCUAUUCUCGUGUUAAAUAUUAGGCUAAAUAUGCAUUGCUAUAUUGUUGCACGGAUAUCGCACAAUUGGAUGAAGACAGGCACAUUUGAACAUGGUUAAUUCCAUCACAUUGAAAAGUAAAAAUGGUGAUUGUGUUUUGUGUAAACAGGCGGAAGAGGAGCUUUUUCAAGGCAGUCCUUGACCUAUGGGUUUAAAUACAGCUUUAAUGCAAUUGUUCUAGUCCUUAGAUGAAUCAUAUGUAUUUUAGAAAUGAUCUUUCAGUUUUAUUAAAGAUCUAUUAACUGUUUUAACCUAUCUGCACACUUUUAGAACUGCUUAGCGGUGCAAAUGCACGGACUUAAAUAGUUAUAUCGUUAUUAAUGAAAUGCUAUUAUCUGUUGUUUUUUGUUUGUUUUUUUUUCUCUCUUUUUUGUACCCCCCCCCCCCCCCCCGACAACAAAGUUGUAAGGGGGGUGGGGUAUACUGGUUUCAGGUUGUCUGUCUGUCCGUCUGUCUGUCCGUCCGUAGACGCAAUCUUGUGCGCACCAUCUCUCCUCAUCCCCUUGAUACAAUUUAAUGAAACUUCACACAAGUGAUCAGUACCAACAGUAGUUGUGCAUGGGGCAUGUUAGGUUCUUUCAGAAAUUUUUUUUGCAGAGUUAUGGGACUUUGUUUUUUGUUACUAUACUAUAUACAUGUACAUAGACACAAUCUUGUGCGCACCACCUCUCCUCAUCCCCUUGACACAAUUUAAUGAGACUUCACACAAGUGAUCAGUAACAACAGUAGUUGUGCAAGGUGCAUGUUAGGUUCUUUCAGCGACAAAAAUUGCAGAGUUAUGGGACUUUGUUUCUUGUUAACAUACUAUGUACAUACAGUCUGCAUAUGCAAUCUUGUGCGUGCCUAAUCUACCGAACCCUUGCACACAAUUUAAUGAAACUUCACACAAGUGAUCAGUACCAACCCUAGUUGUGCAUGGUGCAUGUUACGUUCUUUUAGAUAAAUAUUCUGCAUAGUUAUGGGACUUUGUUUUUUGUUACUUUACUGUAUACAUACAGUCUAUAUACAUACAGUCCACAUAAUUAUGCAAUCUUGUGUGCGUCAAAUUGCAAUGUACUGUGUCAGUGCAUGCGGGGGGUACAUUCAUCACCUUUAGUGAUAGCUCUAGUUUUUAUUUGUUUUAACCUAAGAUCUGUACACUAGAGUAUUACACUCGUUUUAUGAGAAUCAUAAUGACGUAUAUUUUUUAAAGUUAGAUAAUCUAGAGCUUGUUAACUAGCCAUAUCGUAAUGUUAUUAUAUAUUUUGUACAAAACUUUUCCUAUGUAACUCAUGACAACUGUGUGUUAUGUUAUGCUUCCGGCUGUGAUUUGAUAAUCAUUUGAAAUGUUUUUAUUGACAUGCAUUUACCUGAUUUAUGUAUUUAGUUUCUGAAUCAUGUCGUGUGUAUUAUACCCAAGACAUCUUAAAUGGCUUAAAUUAAAUUGCUUACGUAUAAAGGAGCAAAUCUCUAGCCUAGAUAUAUCAGUGCUAUUAAAGAUGCAGUUUCUAUGGAAUGUCACAAUAAGCUGUUUCUGGAAUACGAAUAUAAGUGGAGGUAAUUUACCGAUCACAUUGCUUAUGUAUAAAGGAGCAAAAUUCCAGCCCAGUUACAGCGAGGCAAUUAUAAUGAGCUCUUUCUGGUGUACAAGUUAUUAUCCAUGCCCGAUGGAGUUUGAUCAGUUUGACUACGAGGAAAAUUUAACUAAACAUUUAAUCCGGCUGCAUCUUGGUAGAUUAAUUGAAACAGUCCCUACAGUGGCGCCAACCAUGAAAACAAAUGUGAGUUGUUUAUGUCAUAUACUUGUAAGAUAUUUGUGUUCCCCAUGUAAUUUUUGCAUCAUUUAAAAGUAUUACGAAAAUCUCGUUGUAGACAAUAUGCUUUUUGCUGUCUACUUGUUUUUACAUGUACAUUCCUAUUUUUUGCCAAUUGAAAUGAAUUGUGCCUCGAAUACCGCACAUUACAAUGUUCAUAAUAAUGAAAUACUUUGCUUUUUUUCCUGAAGGUCCAUCAGAUAAUAAACGUGCAAAGAAA